CUUCCAAGGUACCUGCAGGCGUUAAUGCAAUCUAAUCCAGAAACAGUGGUGCAAUGGGAAGUCCAACCGACAAUGGAUCCUACCAGAGUGAUGUUUAAGCGAAUUUUUUGGGCUUUCGGACCAUCCAUUAAGGGUUUUCCCCACUGCCGUCCCCUUAUUUCUAUAGAUGGUACACAUUUGUACGGAAAGUACAGAGGCACACUUAUGAUUGCUAUGGCGAUAGAUGCAAAUUCUCAGUUGUUCCCACUUGCCUUUGCUGCUGUGGAGGGAGAGAGCAACGACACAUGGAGUUGGUCCUUGGAAAGUAUAAGGCAUUAUGUCACUAAGAGGGAUGACUUAUGUGUUAUAUCUGAUCGUCAGAAGGGAAUUUUGCAUGCAAUGAAUAGAGUUGGAAAAGGUUGGAAAGAACCAUUUGCAUUCCAUCGGUUUUGUAAACGUCAUCUAGCUUCGAACGUGCAUAAGAAGUUCAAAAACAUAGCAGUCAAAAACUUAUUUAGAAAAGCUUCUGAACAGAUAAAGAUAGGGAAAUAUAAUUUCUACAUGAAUCGCCUUAAAGAGUUUAAAGAGGACGCGUAUAAGUACUUAGUGGAUGAUUCUAUUCGUGAGCGCCAAUGGACUUUGAUUCAUGACGGUGGGCAUCGAUAUGGAGUGAGAACUAAAAACAUGUCUGAAGCGUUCAAUGGCGUAAUGAAGGGGGCCAGGUCACUCCCAAUCACUUCAUUGGUUAGGAUGACAUUCUUCCGAGUUAACGAAUACUUUGCCACAAGGAGUGAUUUAGGGAGAAACAGAUUAGACAAUGGACAUGUGUAUGCCAAGAAACCAACUGAUACGAUUGAUAAGAAUGCUGAAAAAGCACGCUUUCAUGAUGUUAGGAUAUAUGACACAGUGCGUGGGAUAUUUGAGGUCACCACUGGUUGUGGUAACAGGAUAGCAGGAAAAGGUGGAAAAUCCUACAUGGUUGACCUCACAGAAACAUUAUGCUCCUGUCAGAAACUAACCAUCUUCAAGUUACCGUGCUCACAUGUUCUUGCAGUAUGUCGAGCUCGUAACAUAUCGUAUGAUGCUUUUUUGUGGACCCUUCGUUUCGCACUACAAAAUACGUAUCGACAUAUAAGAAGACUUUCAUGCCUGUUCCAGACAUGUUCACCUGCGAUCCUUGGAACGGUUUACAAUUGUUCCAGAUCCCUCAACGAAGCGUGGAAAGGGUUGUCCGCAAUCAACUCGUAUACGAAACGAAAUGGAUGCACCGUUGACGCGUCCUCGUAACACAUGUAGCUUUUGUGGAUUUAGGGGUCAUAAUAAGAAAACAUGUCCUCGUAGGUCAACAAAGUAUGUUUUUUUUUAUAUUUUGUUAUAUCAUGUUGAUUAACGUAAUAUUUAUAUGAUUUUUAUAACACUUACGUAUGUAACAGCGAUCAUGGCGAUGCCGGGCCCAGUUGAUCUAUCAGUGCUUACGCUACAGGCAACACACAGGAGCAUAGCUAUGUGAGAGGGCUCCACUGCCCAAUUGGUUACUCGUCAGCACUACCAGGCGAGUACGUUACAUUGGGAGGUGGAUGACAGGGUAUUAGAGGUAGUCGAACUAGUUGGUUUCAGAUACAUUCACAGGUUGUUGGGCGGGGGCUUAGAGCUCGAUCGAGCUCUUAUCACUGCAUUGGUGGAGAGGUGGAGGCCGGAGACUCAUAUCUUCUACCUCACAGUUGGCGAGGCAACGAUCACGUUGCAAGAUGUGGCAGUUAUAAUGGGACUGCCCAUUGAAGGACAAGCAGUGAUAGGUCAUGGAGAGGGAAAUUGGCCAGUAUUAGUUCAUGAGCUACUAGGGGUUUGGCCUGAAAACCCUCAAGACCCCACACAGCCGAAGAUCAUCGUUGGAUAGUCAUUGAAGCUGACUUGGUUCCGGGAGCAUUUUAGCGCGCUACAAGAUGACGCGGAUGAUGUUACGGUUGAUAGACAUGCGCGAGCGUACAUCUUGUACCUGUUUGGAUGCAUCUUGUUUCCAGACAAGAGCGGUGACUCGGUGCAAUUGAUCUAUCUCCCUCUACUGGGAGCUUGGAGCGCGUAGAUGAGUAUAGUUGGUGAAGUGCUACCCUAGCGUAUCUGUAUCGUAACUUAUGUCGAGCAUCAUGUAAGGGUGCCAAGGACAUUGGUGGCUGCUUGAUGUUGUUACAGAUAUGGUCAUGGGAGCAUAUUCAUAUAGGGAGGCCCAUUAUUCGAACGAUUCGACCCGAUGGGCAACAUGAUCGAGAAGAUGACGCGGAUGAUUUUGAACCGGUGUUAGGUUCACAUCAUCGUCGCGGGAUGGAUCCUUUAGCAGUAAGCUGGCUUCGCGUAUAUCUUUCGAGAUCCCACUCCCCACAUACUCUCGUCUACUACAGAGACGCACUUGAUCGACAACGGGACGAGCAGAUGACAUGGCAACCUUACACAGCGGCUAAGAUGGACGCUCUGCCGCACAUAUGUACAUCGGGCCACGAGAUUUGGAGAUCGCGUUGUCCACUUAUUUGCUUUGACAUCAUCGAGCUACAUCUCCCGGAUCGUGUCAUGCGUCAAUUCGGUUUGGAGCAGGUUAUUCCGCAAGCCUGUGACACCUAACCUCAACUACAUGCGAUCGAUCGGAGGACUAGGGACAAGAACUACCUCGUACGACAUAGAUCGCAUGUAGAUGCGUGGAAUGACCGAGCAUCUAGAUUGGUUCGAGGAGAUAACUUCACAGGUCAUAGCUCUUCUAUGUAUAUGAGUUGGUACAUGCGUAUCUCCAUAUUACGCCUAACGAACACCACAUUUGUGUAGCCAGGAUCACAUUACCAUCCGACAUCUACGUUACUGGUUGAGCGCAUCAAAUCGGUGCUCAUACAAUGCAAUGACACGAUCCAAGGGGCCUCUACAUCGCCAGUUGAUGUGGGGUAUUGGCUAUGUUCUCAACCCGUCGUUGACCGAUGCAUUAAGUCAGGCGGGUUAUGAGUACCUCAUACCGACUCCACCUGUCAUUGGCGAGGUAGAUGACACAUUCCACACUCCUUUUCCACGGAGUUUAGCCCACCGAGGUAGCUCUUCCGGAGGAUUUAGUUCUCGGCCCACAAGAGGUCGCCAGCGUUCAUCUACUCGAGGUCGGUCUUCCAAAUCGCCAUCGACAUCCGGUACUAUGUCGCCAUUCGUUCCUCCAACUUCCAUCACCGCUCCUUCUCCACAUUUAUCGCCUCCGCAAAGGAUCAUCACAUAUCAGCGUGCUAGUCAACGACGAGCUCCUGCUCUUAAUGUCAUUGCGGAGGUUGACGAGUUCACACCAUCCUCAUCCACCGGUGCGCAAAACAAAAGGGGUCGGGGGUUGUAGUUUAACAAACUUUGUAUA